AGGAGGAGAAACAGAAAAUAAACAAACUUAAACAGAAAAACGAAAGUUUGAAGGGAAAAGUAGAAUCACUUGAAAGAGAGAGUAAAAAGAAAAAUCUUAUAGUUUUCGGAUUGCAUAAGCCAAGUAAGGACAUAACGCCUGAAUUCAUUAUCAAUAAAAUAAAACAACUAAUCGACGUCGAGAUCAACCAAAGUGAAAUUAGCGACCUGUACACAAUAGGAAAAGGAAAUAAUCCUCCAGUGAAAAUUGAACUGACUAAUAAUUUUCGAAAAGGCCUAAUUUUGAAAAAUUGCUUCAAGCUUAAGGAUACACACAUAAAAAUUGCGAAGGAUCUCACAGUCAAACAAAGAAAGGAAGGACAAAUACUGAGAAAACACCUCAAUCUCGCUCGCUUAGACGGAAAUAAUAGGAACUGCUUUAUAAGGAGAAACAAACUUAUUGUUGAUGGUAAAUCAUACUCAUCAGAAGAACUGGAAAAAAUCGAAACUGAGGAAGACGCAGCUCACUCAAAGCCAAACAGUGCUUCUUCUACGCCAAUCUUUUCCAAUAGGAACAGCACAAAAACAGCGGAUCAACCAGUACUAAACAAAACCAAAAACAGAGGUGAAACAUCCACAAAAGUUACAGAAAUGCCGAAGAUUACGAAACAG